CUAUCAACUACUCACUGCCGUUCUGCCUCUCGCUCCAUCAGACAGCAGAGCGCUCGACACACACUGCACUGCUCCACAGCAUCACUCGCCGAGUGCGUGUGUGUGUGUGCUUCUCUAACCCUCCACUGCUGCUCGUCUAGACACUCAGGAUGUGUGGCAGGUGGCCUGUGCUUUAAAUCAUCAUCAACACUCCAACUGCAAGACUCCAGGUCAGACUCGGCAUCGGCUCUGGGAUGUCUUCUCCAGGAUCCGCCAGCGGCAGCAAGAGGAAUUCCUCGGAGCUGGAGCUGGAGCAUGCUCAGAGAGUACCAGAGACAGAGCCUGUCCAGCCACAGGUAAAGCUAAAGGACAGGCAAAAGUUUUUUGAGGAGGCUUUUCAGCAGGACAUGGAGCACUACCUGUCUACAGGAUACUUACAGAUCGCAGAGAGGAGAGAGACAAUAGGAAGCAUGUCCUCAAUGGAGGUGAAUGUGGACAUGCUGGAGCAAAUGGACCUGAUGGAUAUGUCUGACCAUGAGGCAUUGGAUGUCUUUCUCAAUUCUGGAGGCGAAGACAACAGCGUGGCCUCGCCAAUGCUUGGUCCAGACGUGGAGUCGUUCACCUCAGAGAUCACUCUUCAGGUGCCCACACAGGCUGACCUGCGGCACAAGCUCGCGUCUCUGUCCUCCACCUGCACAGACUCAGCCAGCCAGGACACAGAGGCAGGGGAAGAGGAGGAUGACGACGAUGACGAUGAUGAUAAUGAUGAAGAUGAUGACAGGGUACAAGCAGCCAACAUUCGCCCUCCGCUUGUCCAGCCAGAUCAGGAAGAGGUGGAUGAGGAGGGGACGUUACCCGAAAGAGAACAAAACCAGCCAAACAAUAACUGUGAGAGCAGUCGAUCGUCCUGAAAACACAGAGAAUGAACGACAGACUGUAAGAGAAAGUGUGCUAUGCAUUAGCGUCCAAAGGAAGAGCGUGUACUUGUGUUUUAUGAAACCCUUUUGGUUUUUGUAAAGAUAUUCGUUGUUGUGUGUUGUGCAGUGUAAGCCCGAUCCUGUGCCUGCCCUCCAAAAUCAAUAAAUAUCUUUUAUUCUG